AUGCGUAGUAGGUCAGUUCUCUCGUGGUGGUGCGUUUGUCAAUCCAGGACACAAUGAGCACACUGCGGCUGCAGAAGAGGCUAGCGGCCUCAGUCCUCAAAUGUGGGCAGCGGAAGAUCUGGUUGGAUCCAAACGAGACGACAGAGAUAGCCAACGCCAAUUCUCGUCAGAACGUGAGGAAACUGGUGAAGGAUGGACUCAUAAUCAGGAAGCCCCAUGUGAUCCACUCGCGAUCUCGCGUCCGGAGAGCUCUCGAGGCCAAGAGAAAAGGAAGGCAUUCCGGUUACGGGAAGAGAAGAGGGACAGCGAACGCCCGAAUGCCGGAGAAGGUCAUCUGGAUGAGAAGAAUGAGGACGCUGCGACGCCUGCUCCGCAAGUACAGGGAUUCCAAGAAGAUUGACUGCCACUUGUACCACAGGCUGUAUCUGCAGGUGAAGGGAAACGUGUUCAAGAACAAGAGAGUCCUAAUGGAACACAUUCACAAGAAGAAGGCCGAGAACCUCAGAGUCAAGCAACUGGCGUAUGUGUUCUCUCUCUCCUUCUCCUCUAUCUCCUCUGUCUCUUUCUCCCCUUUUCCUGCUCCCCCCGUCUUUGAUUGCUAAUGAGCUUUCCAACAGUUACUAGCGCCCACGGCUAACUAACAGUGUAGUUGGUACACUGAGUAGGUCUACUAGUCAUCUGAAUUGCUUGAUUUGACUUUGCCACACACUUCACCAUUGUAUAUGUGUGAACAUCACAACUCCCAUGAUCUACACCGUAUUGCAUGCAUCUGGUCUGUAUGUAGUGCAUUGAUAUGUAGUCAUGUACCAGGUUAACCUCAACUUGUUGUCGUAUACAGUGACCAGGCAGAAGCUCGUCGUAACAAGUCCAAGCUGAGCCGGCAGAGGCGGGAGGAGAGACAAAAGGCCAAACAGGAAGAAUUGAAGCGCCAGUAUGCAGAGGAACAAGCGAAAUAGACCUUCCUGUGAUUUUUAGUCUAUUCCCAUGACUAGAAUUAUGCCGCGUCGAUUUCUCUGUACAAUAUUAUUAUGUCA